AUGGUAAGGGAAGCCCUGCUUACGUUCCACGGCUCGGAAGGAGAGCGGGAGAGAGCGGAAGUGGGGGAAGAGGAGGGAGAGGCGUGCAGCGUGCUCGGCGAUGCGGGCGGGUUUCCUCUGCCGCCGCCCUCCAGCUCGCCCCCUCGGUCGCCUGCAGCCCCGGGGCCCGGCACGCCCACAGCACCUCUAGAUGCCUUCUUCAGGAGGCUGGGGAGCCUGUUCCACUUGUCAUCAAAGGCAGAGCCAGCAAGUGAGGAGCUCCAGCAGGCGGAGGCGGCGGCUCCGGUCCCGCACCCCGACCCCACGGGAAUGACACGGGUGCCGGAGGGGAGCCGGGAGCCCUGUGACCUGUCCGGGAGGCGACUGGGAGAGGCGGACGCUGACCGCCCGCGUCAGGAGGGGCGGGGGACGGACGCGGAACAGGGGGAGGGAGGGAGGGGAGGCGAGAGCGAGUCUGGAGAGCUGCCUCACAUGCCGGCUGAUCCGGAGUCAGUGAGCGGAGCGCAGACCCCAGAGGAACACGCACACCCAGACCUCCAGGGACCGCAGCACCUUGUCCUGAAUGAAGCAGCCGGUGAGGAGGGUGACAUAGCGUGCGGAGCGGGCGCAGCCGAUGAGCAGGCCGAGGGAGAGGCCAGUGAGGAGCAGCGGCGCCGCCUGGCACUCUCCUGUCCCCCCGUCGUCACCUACGGGACGUACCGCGGCCUGAGGGAGAUCAAGAAGAUGAGGAGGAGGAAUCGGGUGCAGGUGGACUCUCCCAUUUUGGAGGGGGAGGAGGUACAGCAGAGCGCCGGCGACGUCGUGGACGUGAACUCGCCCCCGGGACAAGGCGCUCGGACUGACGUUCGGGCUGCAGACUGCCAGGGAGCAGCUGCGCUCUCUGUCUCAGAAUGUGCGAGCUGUAAUCAGAAAGGAGCCCAGGCUUCAGUCAGGGACGGAGAUUUUGUUGCUCCCACCAGGCCGGGACUUGGUAGCAUUCCAGUAAUUAUAGCGUCGGAGAACGGCCAGAGCCAAAGUGCCUUACCCCAAGAGCAGGAGCCAGACCUGGCGUCCACAGGAAGCCAGACUACAGACUCUCACCCUGGAGCCGUUUCAGCUGCGUCCUUCCUCUCUGCUGCUGAACAGGACUCUUCUGAUAAGCAGACGGUCCCUGCAGAGGGAGGCGGUGAGGCUGGGCAGAGUCCCUCAGGGAGCUCAGCAGAGAAAGCCACACAGGCAAUGGCUGAGACUGUCACCAAGGACACAAAAGCAGGGGCUGAGCCGGCGGAAACCCUAUCUCCACGAGAGGGCUCAGCGGGGUCACCUUCAGAGACUGGCGAUGUGACGCUCAGCGCGGUGGGGUGCGCCCGGGGGACCGCAGGCGCACACCAGCCCGCCGCCCCCAGCGGGGCUGCCGCUUUGUCUCGUCGCCAUGGCUGCCAGUCCGCCCGGUGUAGUAUUUCACCGUCAGCCAUGCAGGAGGCCGAGGACAGCGAGGGCCCCAUGCCAGGAGAGUGGGCUGUGGGUGUGCAAGAAUAUGUCCCGGCUGCCGGGGAAGGCGAAGGGGAGGGCGAGUGGAUCGAGGCUGAGGGAGACCCUGUAGAGGACACGGGUCCUGAUGAGGAGGCCUUGCAAUACGAGUCAAAGCUGAUGGUGGACAACAUCCUGAAAAGUGCGCUCGCCGCCCUCCAGAAAAUUGAGAGCUUCGAACGAGAAAACGGGACAUUCCCAAAUGCCAAGGAGGCAAGUAGUCCUGUCUUACCUGAAAAAGACAACAACACGGACAGCUACCUUAACCCAGCGUACCGACAGCAGGAGAGUUUGACAGAACAAGGGGAGGGCUGUUACUUAGCUGUGGAGCAGACACAAGGCCUCAGCGGAACCCUGAUGGAAGGGAACAGAUCCACCCUGUCCUCAGGAUAUGAGUCCAUCGUUGGCUCAGACACUGACAUCAGAAACAAUCCUGGUUUUAACACGGAUCCUAGUUCUCUGAGUACUCCAAUCAGCCUUUCAGAUCAGGGGCAGGAUGAGCAGUGCUCCACAGAGAGGCCACAGGCCUUUCUCCCUUCAGAAAUCCAUAGCUCCUCUAGAGGUGACUGGACUAGUUGUUACAAACAGGAAAUGGAUCCAGCAUUAAACAGUAAUACUAAGUCAUGCAUCACGACUCAGAAGAACAAAUCAGUUACCCUGAGUGGAGGGAGUAUGGAGGCAGAUGGUGACGAGGUAGUUCAAAAAUCAAAUGAUGUGUCUAAACUGUUGGAGUCUGUUGCAGUGAACAAAGAUGACACACAGGUAGAUCACAUUGAAGGUGAAAACCAGUUUUCCAUGGAAAUAUCUUUAGAAGCCAGAGGACAAGCAAUGAGCAAAAGUCUCAAUUUAGCCAAAGACACAACUGAAAGCAAUAGACAGAGUCAAAGUUUAAAUAGUUCUUCUAGGAGCACUGUGGCGUCUCAACAGCAGGAUACAUUUCAGAGUGACACAAUGAAACUCAAAGCUGACCUUGAAAAGCCUAAUAAUUUCAAUGGAAUAAAUAAUGGAAACCCAUCUUUCAUGCAAGUUGAAGGAAACGCAGUGGAUGCCACAACAUUUCAUAGAGAAACACAGAUUACAGAUGCUGUCCAACCUAGCAGAGCUCAGCACAUGAAAAAAAUUGAUGAGGAUCGCAUCCAGUCAAACCUAUCAGAACCUUUCCAAAACUCAGAGGAAGUACCAGAAGUACCGGUAAAACUAGGAAUCACAAAGGAUGAAAGUGGGGUGGGUCCAACAGGUGGAAAUGAAGUCCUGCAGGACAGCUCUGAAGCAGGGGUGAACAGCCAUGACAGAAAGAUCUGCCAGACAGACCAAAACGGAACCGGAGAUGUGCCGGCAUUGUUGGAAACAACAGGUGCAGGAGACCAGAGUUUUGCACUUGUUGAGGGCUAUUUAGCCACUGUCAUUGAGGACGAUUCAGGAGGCGAAGAAGACAAUGGACAUAUUGAGCCAGGAAGCGUUCAUACAAACAGCAAAGGGGAACAUCCCGAGGACUCGGAGAAGCCUGUGCACCGCACGCUAACGUUAGCCCUGGACCCCGACACGCAGCAGUGGAGCGCAGUGAAGGCGUACCGCUGCCACGUCCUUGCUGAGGAGCCCCGCACCUCUGAGGCACUGCGGCGUGUGGUGGGCGCAGCCGUUCAUGACGACGUGAGCAGCCGGGCGCCCGGUCUCGCCGCCCCUGGCAAGAAAGUGCACCCCGACCUGCCACUCAACGUGGGCCGGGGCGAGCCGCCGGGCCCGCACCUCCACCGCUUCCACGAGCUGGACUUCGCCAUCAUCAACGAGGAAGAGGAGGCAGACGCGGUGUUCAUCAACGACACAGGGACGAUGCUCAGCCCGACGACACGGAGGGGCAAGAUUUACCCCUUCUCCCUGUCCCCCAUUUUCGAGGAGGAGUGCGGCAGGGAGGAGGCAUCCAUGGAGGACCUCCAAGAGCCGCCAGUGACGGAGGAGGACCUGAGGAGCGUGGAGCAGCAGGCGUCCUCCAUCCUCUCCCUCCUGCAGUCCGUCAGCGAACGCCUGCAGUCCAGUGCCUUUGCUGACGCCUACGAGGACUCGUCCGAGGACCUCUCUCCCCCACUGCGCCCGCCCCUGUGGGGCUGCCUUUCAGACCAAGCAGAAGAAGACGGUUAUGCAGACGACAAAGACCGAAGCACGCUGGCACACCAACAGAACGACAAUCAGGAAGGGUCACCGGAACACCUGGCCGUUACUGAUGAAGCUGGUUCCUUCAGCUCAUCUGACCAUCCCGCUGGCUCAACACGAGUUGCUUGUCUGCUCUUGGAAGAUGACCAGGUGCCUUCAACUGUACCUGACUCCACAGCUGUCUCAAGCACACCAUUCUAUGAAUAUUUGAAAUCUGCGAGAUCAUCCUUGCCUGCGCUUGAUACUGACAAUAAACAGCCUCAUUCUCAGGCCAACCUGUGCCAAAGCGGUGGCACCGCAGUCCUGACUCAAACAAAUGUUAUUGGUAAGAGCUCAGGAAAAGUCAGCCCAAGGCCCUCACAGAUGCACAUCUACGAAGGCGUGACGUUCUCCGGGGAACGACGGGAGAUCCAUGCGGACGUGGAGGAUGCAACGGGGAUGGCCUUCCCGAACGGGGCCUCAGUCCGAGUGCUGAGAGGAUGCUGGCUGCUGUACCGGGAGCCAGGAUUUAGGGGGCCCUGCGUGGUUCUAGAGGAGGGGGAGAAGGUCCUGUCCCAUGCUGGAGACCUUGGCCACCCAGGAAGCAGCUCCAGUGCCAUCAAAAUUGGAUCCAUCAGAAGAGCAGUCAAGGAUAAUGGUCCUCCAGAAAUCCAGAUCCACCGGAGGGGCGCGCAGGGGGGGACUCUGGAGCACCUCGGCUCGGCGGUCGACGGCCUGGAGGCCCGCGGAGCUGUCCACUUGCCAUCUCUCUCCGUCAAGUCUGGAUGCUGGGUGGCCUAUGACAGCGCAGGUUUCCGUGGGAACUACACUGUGCUGGAAGCGGAUGGCAGCCAGACGCUAGGCCCGGGCGGUGCCCCUGUCGUGUGCGUGAGGUCACUGCGUCCCCUAGUAAUGGGUGGGCUGAAAGUACAGAGGCCGUUGGAUCCCAGGAUGGAGGUGUACGAGGAGCCGUCCUUCGGCGGACAGAGCAGCCAGCUGGGGGACAACACGCCGAGCCUCGGGGCUCUGCAGGGCCUGCGGGGGGCCGCGUCGCUGCGAGUGCUGGGUGGAGUCUGGGUGGGCUAUUCCAGAGAGGGCUACAAAGGACGGCAGUAUUUGCUGGAGGAGGGUGAAUACGGGGACUGUUUGCAGCUGGGCGGGUCAGACCGGGUCCUCCUCUCGUUCCGCUACCUCCAGGCAGACUUCAUGGAGCCCUCAGUCUCGCUGCUGGGGGGACCAGAUUCACCCGACGCUGCAGAGACGGACAUCGUUGACUCUGAUGUCCCGGAAUUGGGCCGGAUCAGACCCACCGGGGGGACCGCCUCCAUCCGCGUGAAGAAUGGCGUGUGGGUGGCGUACAGCGAGCCGUCCUUCUGCGGGCAGCAGCACAUCCUGGAAAAGGGCACACACCCCGGUGACCUGGAGUGGAGCGACUGCCGCGGCCCGGCGGCAUCCCUCAGGCCGGUCCGUCUGGAUCUGUGGGGCAGUGGAGAGCCUAAAUUUUUGCUCCGGGCCUAUAGCCAGCCUCACUACCAGGGCAGCAGUGAGGAGUACGAGACAGAGGUAUCAGACUGUGGCUCCAUCCUUCCCAAGUCCUUCAAGGUGAUCCGGGGAAGCUGGCUCCUAUUUGAUGAGGAAGGUUGUGCUGGAAACCAGUUUGUCCUGGGGGAGGGACUUUACCCUGACCUCAUUUCCUGUGGCUGUGUGACGACAUCCAUCAGGUCCCUGAAGCCCAUUCCAUAUAGUUUCUCAGACCCCUCGAUCAGCCUGUUUUCACUGCAGUCAUUUGAAGGCCUGGAGACUGUUGCCGUGACACCCAUGGAAACCAUGAACAACUUCUUCACUCAGUCGCUCAGAGUCAACAGUGGGCUGUGGGUUGUGUAUGAAUAUGCACACUUUAAGGGGUGUCAGAUGCUUUUGCACCCUGGAGAUUUCCCGGCGUGGGGUGAUCGCAGCGGCUGGGACACCAUCGGCUCUCUGCAUCCUCUGAGACAGCCUAAGGUGUACAUCCAGUUGAAAAGCCGUGCCCAGGGCUCUGUGCUGACAGCGGACAUGAUAAAGGACAGCUCACCACCUGCCAAGGUGUCCCUUAGUCCUGACCAAGGUCUCGACACCCAACACUGGAUCUUCACUGGAGGACUCCUGAAGUGCAAGGCCAGCAAGGCGUGUCUGUCGGUGAUUGGAGGGAAGGCGAUUCCAGGGGCCCGGGUGGCCCUUUGGCCUGAGCACGGGCGCACGCACCAGAAAUGGAGCCUGAAUGAGAACGGGACAAUCUCGUCUCACCUCAGCCACAAACUCGUGCUGGACGUCAACGGUGGGACGGGCUUUGACAAGGACCACUUGGUCAUCCGCGAGUUCACAGCCGAUCAGAUAACGCAGUACUGGGACAUUGAGAUGUAGAGAUCCUGCCCAGGAGCUCCAGGUGGAGCGGCCGGGGCGAGAAGGGCCAUCCCGGUGACACUAAGGGCACCCUCAGCAGAAAGCAGGGUGCAGAACUGCUCGUCAGACCCGGGUCUUCAGAGUUCCUGGCAAAAGGCCAACCGGCGCUGCGGAGAGGUAGCGUUUGCUCAUGAGCUGGGAAGAAGAAGCUGCUUUGCUGUAAAUCGUUCAUCUCUCCUCUUAGUUUAAUCUCAGGUUCCAGAAACCCUACGGCAGUCACCUGUGGAGUGUGCUGCCAGCACCAAAACAGACAGACAACAAAAACCCCGUAUUUAUUCUGUCAAGUGAGAGAGGUCACCCAAAUCUAAUCCUGACCCAGAGAGAGAUGUCACAGCCAAAACAAAUCUGUGUUAGCACCUCAUUGUUGAACGACUCAACGCUGGGACUUAAAUGGCAAUCUGUUACCUUUAAAAAGAACAUCAUGGAUGCGAACAUGGCCACUCACUUUCCAAGUGAGUAAACAUUAUUUUAAACAUUGAUUGUUUUGAUUGAUUGUUCAGAAUUGGAAUUACAAAAGCAAAUUUGCACUAGCAGGACAAUGUUCACUUUAAAGGAUGAAACUGUGUGACAAUGUCUAGAGCGAGCCGUCAGCUGCAAGGGGUGAUUUUAACUAAAAAUAUCACGGCUAAAACUUAAUAUAGCUCUGUUUCAGUGAUAUGCAGGAAGUUGCUCCUACUAGCGAUUCUAGUCUUUAGAAGAGUGCAGCAGUCCAUGAUAAAUAACCACCCAAGAUGGUGUCUCCCCGGCAAAUGAAAUAUACGGUAGAUGUGUUUUUCAGGGAAUAAGGGUCAUUUCACUGGAUUGAAAACCAAACACUAAUAUUCAGGAACGGAUGCAUUGGAAAUAUUUUGAAACGAUGGGUGCCUGUAGAUUUUAAAUGGUAAUAUGUACAGUAAAGAGAAGCUGUCAAUAUAUUAUGUAAUUAAGAGCA